AUCACCUUCUCCUUCCCUUGAACUCAUUACAAUAUCAAAGAUCUCAAUUUUGAUACCAUCAUCUUGAUACAACCACAAUGCGAAUAACUAUCUAUACGUUGAACGGGGUCAGCCAUACACUAAAUCCGGACCCGAAUGAUACCAUCGAAGAUGCUAUGCGUCUACUCCAAGAACAGACGGGUAUUCCACCAUCGCGGAUGCGCUUUAUAUAUGGGGGGAAAGCACUCAACCCAGUACGCACACUAGUUGAUUACAACAUUUAUGAGGGUAGCACUAUUCAUUUGGUGCUUCGUCUGACAGGCGGCAUACCUGAUUCGACGGAUGUCGUGCAGCUGGUUCCCGAAAACAGCGCAUUCCCUACCAACAAAGAUGCCGAAAAGACAAUCAAAGAGUGGCACACGCUUGCCCAGAAAGGAAAUUUCGAUGCGGACAUUCACAUUGUAGCUCCACAUGCUUACUAUGCAGAGUUAGAAUCGACUGAGCAAAAGGUCGUGCUACGCUCCCAAUGGAUACGUCAGGGUGGAGACCUGGCAGGAUACGGCCCAGAGACGUGGUCGAUGAUCCAUGAUUUAAAAAGCAUACCCACAACUCCUCCUUGGAUCCAGGACCUGGUGGAAGAUCUCAACAGAAAUGGAGGAGCCCCAGUAGACAGAGCUUUGAUGACGAUAUGUGAAAUCUACCGCACACUUCUUGGGCUAAUUGAAACCUUCGGCAUGCUGAAGAAGCAAAAAUUCUGCUCCACCUUCUUCAGUAUUCUUGUUGAGCAGAGCCAAGGUGCAAUUGCCGAAUUGGUGCGAGUAAGGGAGGAGGAUCUUAAUAAUCUUUUGGAAGGGCUUGAAUUUGCCUUGACGUUCGCUUCCAAUCGAGAAAGACUUCUUCUAGAAGAAGGAGAUGAUGUUGUUAUGCAGUCGCUCAUGGCUCCUGCAGAGACAAUGUUGACGGUUCUCGGCUCAAAAGAGCUUUCCCCAAUGGUCACUACAUUGGAAGAAGCAUUGGAUCUCUCUCGUAUGCUUGUGUAUCUGCUAGACCUAGGGAUGGUUUUUUACGUUGGCUCUCAUACUUCAACACUGGACAAGCUCGCUUCUGACCAAGAGAUAAAUGGCAUGGGUCUCGACGACCAGAGCGUGUUCAACUUUACCUGCAGAAAACAACCUCUUGCGUGCCUCGGUGGAUUUCUGGAUGAUAAUUCUGUCUGGGUAUUUCACUUUGGAAGCCGCGAAGUAACUUCUCCCAACAGGAAGUUUGCUAUUCUCACGACAAUAGAAGUUCUGGCAGAUGUCUGGGGUCCGGUAUGGGCUGAGGCGAAAAACACGAUCAAUCCUGGAGAUGAGCAGAGGAUCACGAAAUACUCUGUUUCAAAAGGUUGUAUCCGUCGUGUUCGAAGCAACGCACCGUGUGAGGUGCCCGGAGCUAUCAGAUGUCAUUGGUACAACUGGGCGCAUGACUUCAGGCUGCGCUUCUCUAAUCUUGUUACAAGAUCAGAAGAGCUAACCAUGUCGGUAAACGACAAGUUACUCAUCGGCACAGAACUUCGAUUGAACCCAAAUUGCAAUUACACUCUACAGGAGUAUGAAAUGAGCUACGACCAAAUGAUGAGACCCCUAGGGCCAAGACCGUCAUCAUGGAAGCUAGAUGGUGCCACACUAGGAAUUCAAAUAGCCGCACCAAAGGUUGUUGCAUUCCAAAUUCAGGGAAACGUGAAAAAAGUCCCUGAAACUACGAUCAAACAGUUUAUAAUGGAAAAAUGGCGAUUUGAGCCAGAACGCGCCAAUCCUGGGAUACUCAACAGCUACUUUGGCUUGGAGAUUAGCCACUGCACGGGAAAUGCCAGGAGGGUGCCGCUGAAAUAUAUCCUUCUGAUGCCCUGCGUCCAGGAAAUGUUGGAGAGACAAAUUCCAGGAUGGACACUAACUCAGUGGGGCAUGUCUUUCAUAAAGGCAAUGCAGGUCGAGUCAGACGAAGCCAUCUUCGCGUUCUGGAUACAACAUCCGCAUGAGCGACCUCUUGUAGGUCAAUUAGUUCGCAGCGUACUUGACGUACUCGACAGUACAGGCAAAGAUGACGUUGGUUUCCACGCAGCGUUUCUUCAUGGAAACAGCGAACAUGGAGUCGACAUUGAUGAACGCAACAACGAAUGGGCGCACCUGCUGAGGGAUACGUUCUUGAUGGCCACCUAUGCUAUCGUAAACGAGACGUGUCUUGAAUGCCGACAGCCUGACCACACAGCAGCUAUAUGCAACGACGAACCAAGAUAUACGGUCCUACAGACGCAGGUUGAACUUCGGAAGGGUGAUGUUCUAAGAGAUCGCUUAAGGAUUGAGCCACAUAAUCAGACCUUCCGACAAGUUGACAAAGAGCCGGCGAUUCAACGAACUCCGCAAUAUCUAGCGCCUGAAGUAGCACUCAAGCGAGCGCUGCUUGGAAGCUACAAUCUGGCUAUCGCGAAAGAAGUAUCAACCCAAAAAGAACAUCCAUCAGGUGACAUUGCGAAGGUAACGAUUCGAGCUUCUGGCAGAAGUUUUGGCGGAAUGAGAUAUAAGAGAGAGCAUAUAAUGCUAAAUGCAAGAGCUGAUCAAGCUACAGGUAUGGGCUGUGGUACUGGAUUCAUGUCUACACCUGAAGAUUUAACGCAGAUUGAGAUUGAAGAACUAAUCAAAGCGCAGCAGAAGCAAGAAAGGGAACACAUUAUUACACGGGGUUAGGUGCUGAUACUUCUCUAAGCUCGAUCAGGGUUAGGGUAAGUAGGAUAACGUGAAUAGCUCCGUGAGGGUUUUGUCUGGCGAUGCAGUGGAGUGGCGUGCUUGUAGAAAAGGUACAACAGAUUCGACAAACUCUAAUCUAUUCAAUAGACCAACGAGUAACAAUCUUGUAAAGUAAAGUAACUAGUAAGAAAGUACAAUUUAAGUUGACCUUAACGAGAGUAAAUAAUAAAAUCCAUCCAUCC